AUGAGGCCCAAGGCUAUCAAGGCUCGACUGUUUGAGAAGGGGUUGAGGCCCUGUAUUAGUACGUCUGUGGUACUGCAUGAGUAUCCCUCGUAUGCUCGGGUGGUUCAAGCUGCCAAGGUGGUAGAAGACAGACAAAGGGAGAAUUAUAGAGCAAUUCAGGCCAGCAAGAGGCCUAUGACUUCCUCAAACUAUAGGGGGCCUAGCAAGUUUCAGAGAGGAUCUUACUCCACUUCAGCCCCGACUCAGGAAUGCCCAUACCCCAAGCGGGGAAGUACUUCAACUGCAGCACCUUCUAAAGCACCUCAGACACGACCUACUAGUUAUCCUGUUCCGCCUCCAACUAGCAACCAACCUCAGGGGCAAGUCUAUGCACUCACCAAUGAUGAAGCCCAGGCUGACCCUACUGUGAUUACAGGGGCAACGCAUUCUUUUGUAUCUCCUAUGUUUGCUAAAAGACUAGGAGUCAGUUCAAAACGACUUUCCCAGAAUCUUAUAGUCAGUACACCAAUGGGCAGUGCCGUAGAACUUGAUGCACUUUAUAAACCUUGCCCAGUAUGGAUUGAUGGGAAGAAACUUGUUGCUCGUCUGAUUGAGUUGAAUAUGAGAGAUUUCGAUGUGAUCUUAGGCAUGGAUUGGUUGUCCACUUACGGGGCUAGCCUAGUCUGUGCAAAGAAGAAGAUUGUGUUUAAACCUGAUGAAGGUGUGGAGUUCGUAUUUGAGGGUUGUAAAUCCCGAAAGCCCAAGAAAAUCACUAUCGUCACUCUACAAGUCCAGAAGCUGAUGGAGGAAGGAUGUCAGUGUUACCUAGCAUCAGUGAUGGAUGUUGAAGCAAAGGUCAAGCCACUUGAAGAGAUCGAUGUGGUUAAGGAAUUCCAGGAUGUUUUUCCGAAAGACCUGACACGGUUACCACCAAACCGUGAGACUGAGUUUACGAUUGAUUUGAUUCCAGGUGCUGCCCCAGUGUCCAAGGCACCCUAUAGGAUGGCACCUGCAGAGCUGAGAGAAUUCCAGGAACAGCUCAAGGACUUAUUGAAGAAGGGGUUUAUCAGACCAAGUGUUUUGCCUUGGGGAGCACCGGUACUGUUUGUGAAGAAGAAGGACGGUAGCCUACGGAUGUGCAUCGACUACUGUGAGCUUAAUAAACUGACGAUCAAGAAUUGA